AUGAAUAAUGGCAACAGACGUGCCUUAACAGGCUCCAUACACAAAAUACGAGAAUUCGAAUUGGAGAAAGUAUGCUUGGUCGAAGAGUUUGACAUCCUACAAAUCGUUGGCGAGGGUUGGUUCGGAAAGAUUCUUUUAGUUGAACACAGGGCAUCAGACACAGAAAUAGUACUGAAAGCUUUGCCCAAACCCUACGUAUCGAUAAGAGAUUUCUACAGAGAAUUCCACUAUGGCCUACAUUUAAGCGCGCACAAAAACAUUGUGACUACGUUCGACGUUGCUUUCGAGACGGCGGGAUUUUAUGUGUUUUGUCAAGAAUACGCACCUCUCGGUGAUUUAACAUCGAAUAUGCUGGAUACCGGAAUAGGUGAGAUUCACACGAAAAGAGUGACUAAACAACUAGCAGCUGCCUUAGAUCACCUUCAUCAAAGGGACUUAGUGCACAGAGACGUGAAACUAGACAACAUUCUUAUAUUCAAAUCGGACUUCUCGAGAAUAAAGCUAUGCGAUUUCGGCGAAACGAGAAGAGUCCAAGCGGCUGUUAGAAGAAGAAAUGAAUGGCUGCCUUACUCGCCUCCAGAAGUGUUGAAACUGCCAAUGGAUAGCAGCUACAAAGCACUAAUUAGUCACGAUAUUUGGCAGUUCGGCAUAGUCAUCUUCAUAUGCCUGACUGGAUGUUUGCCUUGGCAGAAAGCGGCUCUCGACGAUCCUAGAUAUGUAAGUUAUUUAAAUUGGUACAGUAGUGCCAAUCCAUUGAAGAAACAGCCGAAGUUAUGGAAAAUGGUCUCAUCGAGGGCUCAGAAAAUGUUCAAAAAAUUCAUUGAGCCGAGAGAAGAGAAAAGGGUCACUAAUUUUGUGGAAAUUGCUAGAUAUCUUGACGACCGAUGGAUGGCUAAAGGAUAUACUGAUCGAGUAGCUGGUGGUGAUAUCGAUGAGUUGUGUCCUUCUAUGUAUAGCUACCACAGCGAUCCGAACGAAAAGAAUAUCCUAUUGAAACAUUUUCGCGAUAACGGCGUCGAAAUAAUCGUUGACCGUCAAGCGAAAAAGCAGAGGAUCCGUGAAUGGAUCCAGAACAGUGUUAUUGAAGAAGCCGAUGAAGAGGAAGAAAGCAACUAUGAUCCCAGUAUCGUUGAAGAGAGCGAUGGUGAACUAGAAGAUAGAUCAAGACCGCAUCCUAUCGAUGAAAGUCAUAGAGUGACCCUUCGUUACGACACUGAAAAACAUAUCAACCCAAGAACGGGCGAGAUUAUUGAAGAUAGCCCGUACACAUCAAUGAUGAAUAUUGUACAAGGUCAAAUAAAGAUAAGUCCACUUGCAAAUGAAAGCGACAAGAAUGUCGUUAAUGUGUCAGUAACAUCUGUCAAUCGCAUUAAGAAAGUU